AUGAAGGAGGAAGACACCAAGGCCACCAUGGGCCUCCACCCAAUGCAGUCCAGGCAAGCCGGUGAUGUCGAGGAAGUGAAUGGAUUUGGCGAGGGCGUCGAAGGUGGACAUGGAACACAACGUGGUCUCAAGUCUCGACACGCACAAAUGAUUGCCCUGGGCGGUACGAUCGGGACCGGUCUCUUUGUCGGUUCAGGCCAGGCCCUCCAGAUGGGAGGACCAUGUUUUCUCCUCGUGGCAUACAUCAUUAUGAGUCUUCUCGUGUAUGGCAUCGUCACAGCCACCACCGAAUUCAGCUCCUAUCUCCCAGUCCGCGGCAGCAGCGUCAAUUACUUUGCCGCUCGCUAUGUCUCGAGCAGUCUAGGUUUCGCACUCGGCUGGAUGUAUUGGUAUAUCUUCGCCAUCACAGUCCCGGCAGAGAUUACAGCAACCAGCCUCGUUAUUGAAUAUUGGAAUCCACCUGUCCACGUUGCCGUAUGGAUCACCAUCUCCAUGGUUGUCAUUAUCGCUCUCAACUGCUUCCCAGUCAAGGUAUACGGUGAAGCCGAAUUCUGGUUCGCCUCUCUCAAAGUCUUUGGCCUGAUUGCGCUUCUCAUCACUGCCCUUGUCAUCGUCUGUGGUGGUGGCCCCAAUGCUCAGGCCUUGGGUUUCCGAUAUUGGCAUGACCCUGGACCAGUCAAGGAGUACCUGGUCAGUGGCGGGAGCGGCAAGCUGUGCGCUUUUAUCGGGACUUGGGUCUUCUCGGUCUUCGCAUUUGCCUUUGCCCCAGAGCUGAUUGUAGUCACCGGUGGUGAAAUGCAAUCGCCCAGGCGUAAUCUGCCCUCGGCCGGCCGUCGAUACAUCUACAGACUCAUAUUCUUCUACGUCCUGGGGUCCUUCUUCAUCGGCCUCAUCGUCUCCAGCGAUAACGAUCGUUUGCUGGGUGGAGGCAAGGGCGCAGGGUCAUCACCUUGGGCUAUUGCGAUUAGCGAGGCGGGUAUCAGCGUGUAUCCUGACAUCGUCAACGGCAUUAUCCUGACAUCGGCCUGGUCUGCGGGCAACUCGUACCUGUAUCUCUCGAGUCGCGCCCUCUACAGCAUGGCGCUCGUGGGAACAGCACCCAGGGUAUUUGCCAGGUGCACCAAGAGCGGCGUCCCCUAUUACGCUCUUGCUGCAAGCGCAUCCGUGUCCCUCCUUGCUUACCUCAACGUUGCUUCAACCGGCGCCGUCGUCUUCAACUGGCUCAUCAACCUGAUCAAUGCUGGUGCCUUUCAGAGCUGGAUCGCAGUUUGCAUCAUCUACUUGCGGUUCCGGAAGGGCACAGAGGUGCAAGGCGUCACUGAUCUCCCAUACCGGUCCCGCUUCCAGCCCUACAUGGCAUGGGUUUGCGGAAUCACAUUCUUCAUUCUCAUGUUGCUGAACGGGUUCAAGGUAUUUGUCGGCGAUAAUUGGGAUGUCUCGAGUUUCCUCACCGCGUAUAUUGGUAUCCCGAUCUUCCUGGGGCUGUAUUUUGGUCAUCGCUUCACUGUCGCCCGAAACGAGCCGUGGUAUAUUGACGCCAAACUUAUGGACCUUGUAAAUGGUAUGGAUCAAGUGCUUGCUGCAGAGACACCGAAAACCACACCCAACGGAUCGAAAUUCAAGGUGCUCUCGCGCAUUUUUGGAUGA